AUGUUGAGAGGUGCAGCAGCUUUGUAUAGGCCUAAGUGCGUGUCAUUUGCACCAUCGGUAUCAUCAUCCGUAGGUUUGGUGCUGGUGCUGGUGCUGCUGCUUAAUGUACUGAGAAAUUUCACAACUACCCCUACAUUGAGUGCCGGAAAGCAAAAAGAAGGUAAGAAGAAGCAAGUUAUGAAGAGAACUGUUGAAAGAGAAAGAAUCGUCAAGUCUACAGCAUUGACCACAAAAAAAUUCAGAGACGCAGUAUCUGUGUUAAACUUUGAGAAAACAGCGGCACCUUUGAAUGGAAUUGCUGAUUUCAGCUCGAAGUUGGAUGUAGGAACCGUUACCAAAUUUUCAAAGCCUACCGAGGAGAAAUUGCAUUAUCUUAAAGCGUUUAAGAAGUACCAACACCACGAAAGGUUUAGACAUCCGACUUCGAUAAUCUCGGGAAAUACCAAGAAACUCAAUGAGACAUUUGUUCAGAAUUUGGAUCAAAACUCCAAAUUAAACCGUGUAUAUCUUGAUGGUCCAAAAGGUUGUGGAAAAUCAACCCUUGUUAACCAAACAAUUGCUGGAGCUUUGGAGAAAUUCAAUAAUGAUGUCGUGAUUCUUCACUUGUACUCUGCAGAAAUAAUUGGAAAUGGUACAUCUGACUAUGUGAGGAACAAUAGACUAGGUUUAUGGCAGCAACCAAUGGCUACCAAGAGAUGGUUAUACAGAACUUUCCAAACCAAUGCCGAGGUUUUCAAAAAGAUGAAGUUGACCAAGGAUGUGCGGUUUGUUAGUAAUAAGAUUGAGCACAGUAUGAAGGCAGGCGAUAGCUUACACGAUUAUGUAUUAAAGAACAGAGAAAUGAAGGAUGGUUUACCAAACAAUGCAUUCCAGUUCUUUAUCCAGCAGUUGAUUGAUAACUCAUCCAAAAUCCCCGUGGUGUUGUCAGUAGACGAUUUCAAUGCUAUGGCCGAUUGUGGCACAACACCAUACUUCACCCCUGACUAUGUACCGAUCAAAAUCCAAGAAUUUGAAUUGGCCGACACAAUAUUGAAGUUUGCCAGUGGUGAACUCAAUUUCGAGAAAGGAGGUGUCCUCUUGGCCAAGUCAUCAGACUUUCAUCCAAAAAGAAAAACCACCCACAUUGCAGUUUACCCAGAAGAAGAGUAUGAUGCGUACAUGAAACCACCUAGAUUGGAUCUAGAGCUUUCCCAAAGAUUAGCUCUGAAUGGAGGAAUCAAACCAUUCAAGGUUCAAGGAUUAUCCAAGGAAGAAACACAUUCGCUUCUUUCAUUCUGGAGAGAUCAAGAAGUGCUUUUGGUGAGGGAAGAUUUCCGUAAGCCAGAUUACGGUAAUGAUGCAGAAGCCAAAGCAGCUGCUAGAAGAGCCAUUUUCGAUUCGGAAAAACAAUUUGACAAGCUCGUGCAAUCGAACUUUAUUGUGACACAGGGUAACCCUCAUGGAUUGGUAAAGAAUUUGAUGUUGAGCUAUUAA